AUGGCUGAGCCAUUCAACUUAUUUUCUCGCGUGGUUGAGAAAAAGGCGUUGCCAGAAGAUCCGAUUGUGCGGGCGGACGUUGGGCAUGUCCUGAAGCAUGGGUACGUUGUCAUUCCUGAUUGCUUCACCAAAGCAGAGGCCAAAGAAGCUCGAGACGAGAUCAUACGCCUGCUGGGCCAGACGCCGCUUGGGGGACGAAACCGGUUCGAAGGACUCAAUACCCAUCGCAUCUACUCGUUGCUGAACAAGACUCGGGUCUUCGACAAGUUCACGAUCCUACCCCGAGUGUUGGCUCUGAAUGAAUACUUCCUCGACCCUGGAUAUCUCCUGUCAGCAUUCCAUACCAUCAGUAUCGACCCUGGAGAAAAGGCUCAGCCACUGCAUCACGAUGAUGGGUUUAUACCAUUUCCGCGGCCCCGACUGCCUUUUGGUGCCGCGAUCAUGGUAGCCUUGGACGAAUACACCGCCACCAAUGGUGCCACCAGAAUUGUACCUGGAUCUCAUGAAUGGGACAGCCACCGUCGACCCACGGAAGAGGAGACCAUGCCUGCACUUUGUCCCGAAGGUGGCGUCGUGUACUUUCUCAGUACGUUAUGGCAUGGCGGUGGUGCCAAUGUGUCAGAUCGUCCACGACAGAGCGCCACUGUGCAAUAUUGCAACCCCUACAUUCGGCCCAUCGAGAACCAGAUCCUAGCGGUCGAUCCUCGCAAGCUCGACAGCAUCCCACCACGCAUUGUCGAGCUGAUGGGGUAUAGACACAUGGAACCGUUCAUCGGUUAUGCUGACGGCUUGGGACCUCGUCGGGCGGCAAGAAGGAUGGUUCGAUGGCUGCAGCAGGAUGUGGAUGAGAAUCCUCCAACAUUCGCCCACGAGGCUCGAGAGCCAAAAGUGUAG